AUGUACAGCUGUGUGUUUCUGAGUCAGAGCCACCAGGACACCGACAGCGUUGUCAGCUCCGUCACCACCAAAGUGAAAGGCAUAGCUCUAAUAAACAGCAGCGAGCUCGGUGAACAGAUAUGGGAUGUGGCUGACUAUGUCAUUUCACCUGAGGAUGACGAAUCUUUCUUUCUGAUGACCAACAUGAUCAUCACGCCAAACCAAACACAGUCAAAAUGUGCAGAGUAUCCAACCCAGAAAUCUGUUUGCACAUCUGACAUGAACUGCACCAAAGGCUUUAAGGAUGUUCAGGGGAACGGUGUUCAGACAGGUAGAUGUGUCCAGUACUCAGACUCGGAGAAGACGUGUGAGGUGUCAGGCUGGUGUCCUGUGGAGAAGAAAGUUGAACCUCCAAAUCCAGCACUCCUGACAGAUGCCGAAAACUUCACAAUAUUCAUAAAGAAUAAUAUUCGAUUCACCAAAUUUGACUUCAACAAAAGGAAUAUCCCACCAAACAUAACCAGGUCCUACUUGGCAAAUUGUGUGUUUAACAGAAACACAGACCCUAACUGCCCAAUCUUCAGAGUCAAAGAUAUUUUUGAAGAGGCUCAAGAGGAUUUUCAGACCAUGGCGGUCUAUGGUGGAGUGAUGGCAGUGCAGAUCCAGUGGAACUGUGAUCUGGAUAAUGGCUCGUGUGUCCCGCAGUACUCCUUCCGCAGACUAGACAAGAAGGACCCAGAAAGCAGCGAAACACCAAGGCACAACUUACGGUUUGCUAAGUAUUACAAGAGCAGUGAUGGCAAAGACACCAGGACCCUGAUCAAGGGAUAUGGCAUUCGCUUCGAUGUUCUGGUUUAUGGUGAGGGAAGAAAAUUCAGCUUUACCCAAACAGUUCUCAGCGUGGGUGCACUCCUAUCAUUUCUAAGGGUGGCGGAUUUUAUUUGUGACUGGUUUGUUCGGUGCAACUCUAAAGCCUACAAAAAGAAGAAAUUUACAUAUCUUAAUGAAAAUGACCUUGUAUCAGAACAACAACAUCUAGAGACACAAACUUGAUUCACAACAGAAAUCCCUGUAGUGCCUUCAAUUGAUUGUGGGCUUGUGUUUAUUAGGGAUGCAACAGUACAGCUAUAGCCCAUGGUUCAAUACAUACCUUGAUUUUUUAAACACGCUUUUUGGUUUGGUUCAGUUCUGAUGGUUUGAUGGUUUGAAUGAACAAAAAACAGAAGUCCUGUAUGCUUCUAUACACUGGAUAAAAACAACGAUUAUCAAAAUGAUUAUUUCCCAAAGUAGGAUGGGUUUCCUCAUUAUUAAGUGCUAUAAACAUAUGUAAUGUUUCAUUUAUACUGGACGCUAGAGGGCGCCCUCCACACAUGCAUCACAGAAGUAAUAGAACACAGAAGUAAUAAAUCUCAGGUAUUUUCAUAAUAAUUAUGUCUAUUUAUAAUCUAGUUUAUUGACAGCCUUUAUUACAGUAUAGUCUAUAUUUUCUGCUGAUAUUGUGGAGUUAACUCAUGUUCUGUUUUGUUAUACAGCAUGUUCUGAAAAGCUUUUUAUUGCAAGUCAUUACAAGGGAAGAUUUUCUCAGUGUUUUGCUUUUUCCAGCGCUUGAACUCACGGACACACAAACAGACAAUUCAAAGAUCAACAAAACACAUGGAAAUGAUUUAAAUCCAAAACCAAAAACACACUUCACAAAUACAUAUUUAACCGUUUCUCUUUCUUAAUGGUGUACUUUAAGCCUCAUUUUUUGUGAUUAAAAGUUUAGCAAACACAAAUAUCUAAGUUGUUACUUAGUACAACUUAAAAUUUCAAGUUGACUAAACUUAUUUUAGUUGACUUAACUUAAAGUUUUAAGGCAGCAGUGUAACAAGUUAUUUUAAGCUGACUCAACAAAUUGUGUUUUUAAUUUUUUACAGUGUAUUAGAAAAUCUGGAAUCUGAGGGUGCAAAAAAAUCUGAAUAUUGAGAAAAUCGCCUUUUGAAAACUGUCCAAAUGAAGUUUUUAGCAAUGCAUAUCACUAAUCAAAAAUUAAGUUUUGAUAUUUUUACAGUGGGAAAUUUACAAAAUAUCUUCAUGGAACAUGAUCUUUACUUAAAAUCCUAAUGAUUUUUGGCAUAAGAGAAAAAUCGAUAAUUUUGACCCAUACAAUGUAUUGUUGGCUAUUUCUAUUCAGUUCUGGUUUUGUGGCUCAGGGUGAAGGAUCGGACGAUCGUCAAAUGCAAACUGUGUGUUUUGCCUCGAGAGCAACCAUACAUUGGUGUUGUGUUUUGCUUUCUUUUUAUAUAUUCUUCAUUCAUUUUUAUUCAUUUAUAAUCAUUAAUCAUUUAAUUCUUCCAUUUAAUCAUAUAAUCAUUAUAAUCAUUUAUAUGUUCAUUUUAUUGAUUCAUGAAUUGUUUAGUCAUUUAUAGUGUAUUUUAGUUGUUUUUUAUAUAUAUUUUUCCAUUGUUGUUUAGUCUUAUGACUGUGUGGUUUCAAGGGCUGUUUGUCUUCAUGAAUAAGAGAUACAAGGGAAUGUUUACAGAAACUCAAGGUUUAUGGGAUGUUGUUGUGUAUAACAAUACUUGUUGAAUUUGUGUUCUUCAGACGAAAUCUGAGCAUUGAGACAUACUAAAACUAUUCAAUAAACUCUGCUCCUUUUUAC